CGAUUUUGUUCACAACAAGCAGAGAAAGGGAGCGUUAGAAUUAUGAAUGUGUAAACCUGACAUGACUGAUACACACAUAAAAAUGAGGCUAAAACGUUAUUUAUGUUGUUUUCUAUAGCUGAAGUUGACCACAAGUUGGAGUAUGGAGGAAAAUUCAAUGUAAACAAUAAUGGUUUGAUGUCAUUUCUGUGGAAAAUUUGUGUUUUCAAUGCAGUCUGUAAGGGUGGUGCAUUUUUGCGUAAAUAUGACUACCACCCCCAUUACUAGACUUUACCUUAAGUGUCACAAGGCUAUUGUAGCACCUCCUCCUACUGUUUUGGGAAUAACUCUUGAUGAAGGCACAAGCAUCUUGUAACUGACCAGUUCUCUGCCCUAUGGUCAACUGUAGUCAAUCAUUACUCACUCAGUACACAGGCUCUAAUGUAAUGCAGCUCUCAAAUGUUUCUUAAAAGAGCUUCAGGAUUACUUGGAACAGUGUGCAGGUGUUAAGUGGCUCUCUUCAUCUGAUGUGGAUCAUUUGAUUGCUUUAUGGCUUGGAUUCUCGCUCGCUCACGUUCACUUCACCUGCAGCACCCGCUGCGGGUCAGUUUAGCAUCACUGUGCUCUCGCAGUAUGUCGUCAUUAGAAACGCGAGCCCGGGCUGUCUUUUCUGCAGCGGUUGAAGGUGUGCAGCCAAACAUAGUGGUCCGCAGAAGUCUGGAGCGACAUGGAGACAAACUACUUGUGGGUGGAAAGAGUUUCACACUUACCAAUAACCUUUAUUUGGUGGGUUUUGGAAAGGCUGUGCUGGGGAUGGCAGCAGAAGCAGAGAGGAUUGUAGGAGACCAUCUAAUUAAAGGGAUGGUCAGCGUGCCUCAUGGUAUCCAGAAAACACUAUGCAAUCAUGGAAAAGAGAAGAUGCUACUUGAGAAUAACAGCAAAAUUACAGUGAUGGAAGGAGCAAAGAACAAUUUAGAUGCAGAUGCCCAGAAGUCAGCAGAGUGUAUUCGAGAACUUGCCAGUGGUCUGACUGAGAAAGAUCUGUUGCUCGUGCUCAUCUCUGGUGGUGGCUCUGCACUUUUACCUGCUCCUGCACCACCCAUGUCCUUGCAGGAGAAACAGGAUGUGACACGAAAACUUGCAGCAGCAGGGGCCACAAUUCAAGAGCUAAAUACAGUAAGACGAGCCCUGUCAUUGUUGAAGGGUGGAGGCCUUGCCCAAUGUGCCAACCCAGCCCAGGUAGUGGCAUUGAUUCUGUCUGAUGUUAUUGGAGAUCCUUUGGAUUUGAUAGCCAGCGGUCCAACAGUCCAGAGUGACUCCAAGCCAGAAGAGGUCUGGGCUAUCUUUGAUCGUUAUAAGCUUUCUGACUCCCUUCCUUCCUCUGUAAAAGAGGUGCUUAGUAAAACUAGACCCCAUUAUGGAGAAACCAAAGACCAUGUUUUAAAUGUUGUAAUUGGCUCAAACACUAUUGCUCUUGAAUGCGCCAGCCGUAAGGCUGUUGAAUUAGGACUUCGGCCCGUAAUUCUAUCUCCAGGAGUAUGUGGCGACGUUCGCUUUGUUUCACAACUAUACGGGCUGCUCUCACGUUUCGCGUGCUCCCCAGAAAAGGACCCCCCUCCAGAACUCGCUGCAAAGAUCCUUCAGCUUGGACCAGAGGUUGGGGUAGAAAGCUGGGACUUGUGUCGCACCAUGAACGUGCUCGUAGAGGAGAUAAAGGAAGGGUGGGGUACAACCUGUCUUCUGGCUGGAGGAGAACCCACUGUGCAACUGACAGGAAAGGGCAGGGGAGGGAGGAACCAGGAGUUGGCUUUGCGGGUGGGGCUUGAGCUGAGUAGUAGUGAAGGGAAUAAUGGUGCAGUGUUCCUCAGUGGAGGAACCGAUGGACAGGAUGGCCCCACUGAGGCAGCUGGUGCCGUCACUGACAGGGAACUAAUGGAAGAGGCCACGUCUCAAGGUCUGGACAUUGAUGGCUUUCUAACCAAUAAUGAUUCGUUCACAUUUUUCUCACAGCUCUCUGAAGGACGACGGUUAAUCAUGCCAGGACUGACUGGAACCAAUGUGAUGGAUGUGCAUGUUAUGUUGCUGCCACCAUCACCCCAAACAGACUUACAAUAAUUUGACAAAAUUAGAGGAAUAAAUGAUUUUUUAAAAAGA